UCCCCGCGGAGGCGGGAGGGAGGGGAGCGCUGGCGGCCCCGGUGGUGCGGACACCGGCAGCGGGAGCGGGGCUGGAGCCCGAGCCCGGCGGAGGGAUGGGGCAGCGGCGGGGCCCGGCCGUGCUGCUCCUCGCUCUGGGGCACCUGGCCGGGCUGCUGGCAGCGGGACCCUCCUGCGCCGACGCUUACCGGGGCCUCUCGGACUGCGUCCUCAAGCUGGGGGACAGCAUGGCCACGUACGAGGAGGAGGAGGGCAUCGAGCUGCAGGGGCUGCGCCGAGUCUGCAGGUAUUGGGAUGAAUUCCACACCUGUGCCCUGACAGCGCUCUGGGAGUGCCAGAAGGAAGCAGCGGCCGUCUGGGAGAUGCUGAGAAGGGAGUCCCGAAAAAACAGAUUUCAAGGCAGCCUGUUCGACCUCUGCAGCCCCAGCAUGGCCCAAAGCUUUGCCUGGACCCGCAUUCCCAACAUUUCCAUCCUCAGCGUCCCCCUGAUUGUCACUUGGCUGAACUUAUAAACUGCAGCUCUGUGAGUAUCCCAGCAAAGGUGAUGGCAGUGUGUGGCAUGGCAUCUUUCAGAUCUUUUUUCCAAACCUUUGAGGAAUAUACUGUGGAGCUCAGAAAGUCCCAGCUCCAUCUUGUGUCUGUGAGACAUGGAAGAGCUCAGCAGCWUCUCCCAGGUGUUAAAAUUUCUCUGUAAUUUGGAACAACUCCUGUCCUUUUCUGCCUCAAGGCUCAUGCACAGAUCUGGCUGACUGGAGAAUUUGGGAACUUGUAGACAAGGGGCAGAGGAUUUGGGGAAAAAUGAUGUAUUCUGGAAAAAGGAUGAAUGCUGGACACUUUGGCACUCUUUCAUGGCUACUGGAAGGAAACCUGUUUACUUUGCUGACUCUUGCCAYCAGAUCAACUCUCCAGGUUUUUGAUUUGGGCACUCAAAAUGAGAUGGGUAUUUUUACCACUGCUCURAGGGGCAGCGGAUGAUAUCUGUCCUGUCACAGGCUGAAAGGAGGUCUUUACUGCCCUGUACUGGCCUUUUAUCUUUGAGGACAUGGCAAAACACCUGCUGAACAAUAAUCACAGUUGCAUGACUUCUCUUGCACACAUCUGAAUUCCCAAGUAACUUCUGUGUUAUGUGUAAAUCCCUUUUCUAAGGAUAUAGAGGGGGGAGAGGGAGUAUCAAGCUAGGAGGACAAAUGGGAUUUAUAGUAACUCUUCUGCUUUAAAGUUUUCCCCAAGGUACCUGUAAGCAGCUCUGUGGGUAGAAGUAUAUAAUUCCAGAGUAUUAAAGUUUGUUGUAGAGCCAACAGCAUGGCAGAAGUUAUUUGUCCUGGCUCUUGCUCAACAGCACAGUCUCCUCUUGUCUCCUUUGUGGCUCAGAGUGUUGUCAGUUUUGUAGCUUCAGUACAAGCAUGGAAGUAUUUGGAACAGAGAGGUGUUUGCAGGUGAUUUCUGAGUAUGUUAGAGAAACACAACAGUAUCAUCGGUUAGCCCAAGGCAGUCUGUGUUCUAAGGAUGCUGAUGGAUCCCUGUGCCCUGCCUGGCUGCACAGGGCUCUGGGGUGUGUGCUCUUCAGUGUGAACAAGGGAUUUAGGGCCCUGCCUACACCACAUAUCCCACCAGAUGCAUUCCAGGCAGUGGGAAAGCUUCUAGAGCAAAAGAUUUUUUUGCUAACAAUGGUGCUGGGCUUUGCUGCUUUCCUUUGGAACUCACGCGUUCUUCCUCUUACCUUCACUCAACACUCUGCUCCUGCAGCAGCAGAAGAGAAUGAAGAAAUCGAGGCAAAUUCAACUAAAUAAGCCAGGGAGGGGCAGCUGGUGUUCAGACAGCACUUCAGUGCACCUUGGCUUUCUACACACAGCAGAGUUGUUACUUAUAUAUUCAACGUUCAGCAUCUGGGGCACAAAGCCUUAGGGUGAGUGUGCAGAAAGGGUAAACCAGAGCAGGGUAAAACCUGGAGUGAACCACCCAGAUGCUCCAUUUUGUUCUUCUCACUCAAUUCCAACAGCACUGUUUGCUGUUUGAUCCUSUUCUCCCCUCCCCUGUUACCCUCUUGUGGCUGGGGUAAGCUGAAGCAGGGGCAUGUCAUGUACAACCAAGACUAGAGUAUCUGGGAUCCAGAUCCUGUACCUGCUCUUUGUUUAAAACAGAUUUUUAAUGCCUUUAGGAAAAGAAAUAAGCACAGCCCUCUAAAAUCCUACAACCCUUGCAUUCCCUCUGUCAAAAUUUUCUACUUUGAAACAGCCUUGGGGAAAGGRAAGGUAAAAGCAUCAGAUCUGCAAGAAAUCUUCCUUUUGCAAAACUCUGGAUGCAAGUGGCUGACUGCCAUUGCCACUGUCUCUGUGAAAAGCAGGUGUUGGGACAUAUCUUCCCUGGCAGCAAAUCCCUCAACUAUUGCACACAAAAAAAAAAAAAA